AUGGCGUCCACUGUAGAGCCCACACCAUUCCGCUCGGCCAGUCGGGACCUCCUCGACUCGGCAACGCUCAUCAAGCAAGGCGCUGAAGCGCGAGUCUACGCACUAUCGACCCACCUAGCCCCUCCAUCGGUGUACUGGCCCCCAUCUUCCACUCCCUCCUCAUCCAACUCGACGCCUUUCCCUCCCUCUCCAGCCUUGAUACUGAAACACCGCUUCCCCAAGACAUACCGGCACCCCACCCUCGACGCCACCCUCACAAAGUCCCGCCUCUCCUUCGAAGCGCGCGCGCUCGCCCGAUGUCUCAAGGCGGGCGUAGUCGUGCCGCGCGUGAUGUGGGUGGACGAGCGGGAGGGGGUGCUGGGGAUGGAGAAGGUGGAGGGGUGGAGCGUGAGGGAGAUUUUGGGCGGAGGGGCCGAGGGGGAGGUGGAGGUCGAUGCGGGGGAGGCGGAGGAGGAGGUUGAGGAGGGGAUGGAGAGGCUGGAUGUGGAUGGUGAGGCUGGAGGGGUGGAGGAGAGUGAGGGGUGGAUUGCAUUGAAGGGGGCGGGGAUAUCACAGGAAUAUCUUAUGGCGGCUAUAGGAGCCGCUCUUGCUCGACUGCAUAGCACAGGUAUCAUCCACGGUGACCUCACAACGAGCAAUAUGAUGAUUCGCCUGACACCCGGCAAGGCGGAGGCGUACGAUGUGGUAAUGAUUGACUUCGGACUUUCCUCGCAAGCGGUAUACGUCGAGAACUACGCUGUGGACCUAUAUGUCCUCGAACGGGCGUUUGGGUCUACACAUCCGGCCAGCGAGGGGUUAUUUGCAGGCGUGCUGGAAGCGUAUGGGAAGGGAAUGGGAAAGAAGUGGGCGGAUAUUGAACGGAGACUGAAAGACGUGCGCAUGCGCGGUCGGAAGCGAGAUAUGACCGGAUGA